AUGGCAGCCCAAGGAACCUCCAGCGGACACCCCAUCGCCGUCCUCACUGUAUGAACCAUCACUUCCAAUGCUUGCAACCUCGCCUUUCCAAGCUAAUGCUUCCCGCAGCAAGACCUCGCCGCCAAACUCCCCGCCCACAGCAGCAUCCUCUUCGCCCAAAAGAAGAAGCACAACCUGUCCUUCGAAACCAUCGGCCAAGCCCUCGGCCGCGACGAAGUAGCCGUGGCAGCCAUCUUCUACGGCCAAGCCAACGCAACCGAUGAAGACAUCGCCAAGCUCGCCAAACUCCUCCAGAUCAAUGAAGCCAUGCUCCGCGAAACCGAAAUCAUCGGCCUCCCCGACCGCGGAAGAUCGAUGGAGAUGCCGCCCAAGGAGCCCCUGAUGUACCGCUUGUAUGAGAUUGUGCAGAAUUAUGGAUAUGCGUACAAGGCCGUUAUCAAUGAGAAGUUUGGGGAUGGCAUCAUGAGUGCCAUUUCUUACAGUACCAAGGUGGAGAAGGAGACGGAUGAGAAGGGGGAUUGGGUUAAGAUUACGUUGAGGGGAAAGUGGUGUGUAUUGAUCGUGCUUUGCGGCUUCGGACUGACGGGGACUGGAAUUGCUGCUAACGAGGUGUAGGUUGCCGUACACCCGCUUCUAG